ACUGGACCAUUCAGUCUGGCGGUGGACAGUGUGUGGGGUGGUGUUACUACCUUCCUUCCCGCUGCCACGCUCUCUAUAUCACUUUAACACAAACAUAUAACUUUUCUCGCUCGGAUCUAUCAUUCAACUCGUAAACUGUAGUGUCCGCGCGUCGGAAGGGGGUCCAGGAGCUGAGUCCCGACUCUGUCCACGGUAAAAAACCCCUCCAAUAAACAUAUAUAAAAAGGGUUAUCAGUGCGGUCAACAGCUGCCUCUUAUCUCACAACCCUAACUCAAGCAUUGCUACACAACAGGGAAUGUUGAGGUUGUGAAAGAAGUAGCACGAGCCAUGUCGUAUAUUGUGGCUGCUGGCAGGUGGUGGGUGUGGAGAGCUUCCCUCGUGGUGCUUCUGGCUCUUCCAUCAUGCAUGCAAGUUACUCAUGAUCCCCACACCACCACCUGGAGCCGUGAUGAGCACUCGCGCCCUCACCAUGUACCUGAGACCAGCAGCACACACUCUAGGAUGCCCUCCCCUGACUCCCCUGCCGCAUCUAGGAACCGAAAUACGCACUUACGACACAACACGCCAGAGACCAGUGGGACACAAUCUGAAUUACCCUCCCCCGCCCUCCAUGCUUUCUCCUGGAACCAAGAUGCGCACAUACAACGGCACCACAUGCAUGAGACUAGUGGCACACAGUCCGGUAUGUCUGCCCCUGAUCUCCGUGCUUCCUCCUGGAACCGAGAUGCGCACUUGCGACGGCACAACACACCUGAGAUUAGUAGCACACAGUCUCAGAUGUCGUCUCGCAGGGCCUGGUGGGAGGAUGGGUCAGGGCGUCGCCAGUCCCACUCAUCACCUAGUAUUACUACCCAUCAUGGGACCUCAAACCACAUGACCUCAAACGACCCCAUCAGAAACAACCUUGGCUAUAGUCGUCAAAAUACUGCAAGACAAACCUCUGAUUAUGAUCGUCGAGUUCUACAUAGAAAUGUUUCCUUACAUGGGCAUCAAGAAUCAAGACGAACUGCGUGGCAUCCGUACGUGUCCAAGCAACACAACAACUUACGCACAACCAAUGAAGAUCAUCGACAGCCACAGCGCAGAGUUGAGAAUUAUUUGAAACUCCGUGGUCAGUUGCCUACAGCACAUCAGACAUCAUAUCCCCAUCGGCAACGUGAAGUCCAGCAUAAUCGAGGCUUCAAUUCAUUAUCACAUAAUGGAGUAGAGCAUACAACCUCUGGUAGUAGCCACGCAACAUCCACACAGCAACACAUACACAAACAUAGAGCCUCUACACAUCGUCAGAGCAACAUGCCUCAACACCACACAAAUCCCCAUAAUGCCCAGUGGCAACACCAGAAUGCCAGAAGAGAUGAGGCAACAACAGCAAGCACCAGAGUACCGGGUCAUCAGUAUGAGAACACUGAUGAAAAGCAGAAGAAAAAGGUGGUGUAUAAAGCGCCCCGCCCACUGCGGUCUCCUGGCGGGCACGUGCGGCCCCCAAACAUUGUGUUGAUCAUGACGGAUGACCAGGAUGUAGAACUGGGGUCGCUGAACUACAUGCCGUCCCUGGUGAGUCUGAUGAAGGAUCGCGGGGCGCACUUCCCCAACGCCUACUGCACCACCCCAAUCUGCUGCCCCUCACGCUCCUCCAUGCUCACCGGCCUCUACAUUCACAACCAUGAGGUGUACACCAACAACCACAACUGCUCGUCCCAGCAGUGGCAGGAUACUCAUGAACGCAGGAGCUUCGCCACCUACCUCAGCGCUGCAGGCUACAGGACAGGUUACUUUGGGAAGUAUCUCAACAAGUACAAUGGUUCACACAUUCCGGCUGGAUGGCAGGAAUGGGCUGGACUCAUCAAGAACUCUCGCUACUAUAACUAUACUGUCCAACGUAAUGGACACUUCAUCAAGUAUGGCGACCAUUACCCGAAGGAUUACUAUCCACAUGUGAUUACCAAUGAGGGCAUUCAGUUCCUGGAGAAGAACAAGGCCCUGGACUCGUCUCCACCAAUGAUGAUGGUGCUCAGCUAUCCGGCGCCUCAUGGACCAGAAGACUCCGCCCCAGAGCAUGCUCACCGCUUCUUCAAUGCUACUGACCACAACACAAUGGCCUACAACUAUGCUCCCAACCCUGACAAACAGUGGCUGCUGCAGUUCACUGGUCGCAUGCAUGACAUUGAGCUAAAAUUUACUGAUUUGCUUAUGACUAAGAGACUUCAGACACUUCAGACCAUAGAUGAAUCAGUUGCCAAGGUGGUGAACACACUCGAUGCCAUUGGGGAAUUAAACAACACGUACAUCUUCUAUACCAGCGACCACGGCUACCAUUUGGGACAGUUUGGCCUUGUCAAAGGAAAAUCCAUGCCUUUUGAGUUUGACAUCAAAGUUCCAUUCCUGGUGAGGGGUCCAGGCAUCCAACCUGGAAGACAAGUUGAUAAUAUUGCUCUGAAUGUGGACCUGGCCCCGACUUUCCUGGACAUCGCAGGAAUUAAACCUCCAUCACACAUGGACGGCCGCUCGCUCCUGCCUGUACUUACCGGUAAUAAAGAAGAUGGACCAGAAGCCACUUCCUGGAGGGAUAGCUUCCUAGUUGAAAGUGCAGGACGUCAUCGUGAAGAAGAUGCUCUCAAGUUACGUGAAGAACGGCGGCAGUUGCGUGCUCAGGGAUUAAUUGGCUCAGGUGUAAAUGGGGGUCUCUACACCUCAAAGCGUGAACGUCUGGAAAUAAUUUGCAAGAGUGAAGAAUAUCGCUCCCCAUGUCAGGAAGACCAGAAGUGGGAGUGUGUACAUGAGGGAUACAGAUGGAGGCUUCACAAGUGCCGGAAAGGAAAGACCCAGGGCUCCAGAGCAAGGUGGCGGCAAAGAAAUUGUGUUUGUGAGCCUUAUCUUGGAAUGGGCUACCUGGUUAAACUUGACCCAGCAGAAAGGCGAAAGCAACGAACAUUCCUGAAAAAACAUGCCACACAAGCACAUUUCUCCACAGAUCUCAGAGAUUAUGGUGCCAAGUUCAUCAAAGUCUUCACUGAUGUAGACAGCAGAGAGAUCCUGGAGCAGACACUUGGAACACGAAUACAGCGCAAUUCGCUACUGUCACAUAUACGUAAACUAAGAUCCAAAAGAAGCACAAGAGAAAACUUAUCCGUGGAUGCUGGACAGUCAGAGUAUGAAGGUGAUGAUGUGGAUGUUGUUGAUACUUUUGUCACGGAGGAAGAAAUUAGAGAUAUUGAUGUCACCAUUGACAGUUUGUAUGAUGAAUUGGAAAGCUUACAGAGUGUGAGCAGUACAGCAGCGACUGGCAUUGUUGGUAGGAACACAUCUGCCUUGGCUGCUUCACCAACAGAUACAACUCCGGUGGACAUUCGACAUGGAUGUCGGGUGACAGGAACCUCGGUCGACUGCACUGACGAUGUCUACCAUGACCCUCAUGCUUGGAGGCUGAGCAAGGUUGCCAUUGAUCAACAAAUCCGUAGGCUUCACCAUCAACUCAUUGUCAUGAAGGAUAUACGGAAGCAUCUUCAAGACUCUCGUCCAGAUUCUGUGACAGAUUCAGAGGACUAUGAAGAGUAUGUUGAUGAAACCGAAGCAUCAGGUGACUUCAGCUUGUUGCUGGGAGAGAGUGACAAUGAGCAAGGCAAUGACAACGACAUCAAGCAAGGAAGUGACAUUGACACUGAGCAAGGAAUUGACAAUGAUACAUUGAGAACAGAAGACCCUUUAAUUUUUGAAGAUGCAUAUAGCACUGAGGACGAAGGUGGCUACAAUGAAAGUGUAUUUAAUUCAAGCCAUCAUCACCAUGAAGAUGAGAAUUAUGCAAGCGAAGAAAUUUCUGGGGACAGUCAUUAUGAUAAAGAUGGACUCCCUACUGAGGAAGACAGUAUUGUUGAAGAUGGUGUCAUUAUUAUAGGAAAAGACUAUGAUGCUGAUUCAGAUGAGAUAUACGAUCACACAAAUAACCACCAGAGCCAUACACAAGAAGGAAUACCGGAUGAAGACCAGACUGUCUUAGAGGAAGCUGAACCAGAGUUAACAGAAAUUCACAAAGUUCCUGGAAAAGACAGUCACCAAGGUGGCAAGCAGUUCCAGUUGUUUCCUGUACGGGCGCCAACACCACAUCAAAGGCCUGCAUCUACUAUCAACAAUGAAACUACAGCAAGAUCAAAGUGUUGGUGUGAUAAGAGCUUCAGAUUAGAAAUCAAACAAGCAGAACGUCAACGAAAGCGAGAGGAGCGGCUCAAGCUUAGGUUGGAACGUCAGCGGGUGAAAGAGGAGCGUAGGUUGAUGAAGGAGAAGAAAAAACUGAGAAAGCUUAAGAAUAAUUUGGCACAGUGUAACUACACAAUGCUAAACUGUUACACCCAUGACAAUGACCACUGGCGUACACCACCCCUCUGGCAUGAUGGAAAGUUUUGCUUCUGCAUGAAUGCUGCCAACAAUACAUACUGGUGUGUUCGAACUAUCAACCAAACACAUAACUUCCUCUACUGUGAGUUUGUCACUGGCCUCGUCACAUACUACGAUCUCAACAUUGAUCCCUAUCAGCUGCGGAAUGUGGCCUUUACGCUCACCAAUAACAGAUUGGCAGAGCUACAUCACCGCCUGGAAACACUGCGGACAUGUUCCGGGGCCAAUCAGUGUGACAAUUUACCAGCCUCAGAGGGCAGAAAAAAUAGCAGCAAAGGAAAUAUUCAAGAUAUAGAAGACAUGGAAAGUGAUGAUAUAAGCAACAGAGUUGACUUAAUUAUUCCCUCGCGCCCCGUAAAGAGUCGGCUACAGCAGCGGGAAGAACGGCGUCGGAUUCGUGAAGAACGCGACAGACAGCGGGAGGCACGGCGCCGACUCCGGAAACAACAGAAAAAGUGGAGAAGAAACCAGUUAUUUGAAUCAAAAGGCAGACAUGUUCUACAGACAAUGGGUUCCGACCGGGGCAUAGUGAGGUUGCGACGGAAGAGUCGCGCCGAAGAAAGAAGACGGCUAAAGAAAGAAAGAAGGGAUAGGCGUAGAGAACGUAAAAGGAAGAAGGAUUCUAAGAAUGACAGGAUUCCAUUAAGUGGAUAGUCCAUUUUAUGUUGACAAAUGUAACCCAUGUUGUCUCAUGGUGGCAUUGCCAAUGUUUAUAUCUGCAUUUCAGACUAUACUUUCCAAAAGAGUUAUGUUGAACAACGAAUUACUCAUUAAUAACAGAUUCUAAAUAUAUUGAGGAAGUAUGCAGCUCCCAAACUCAGUAAAUCAUUGUUAGGCAGGUUCUUCAUUGUGCGUGUACUCAUUGAGUACCACAGUAGUUAGUAAUACUGCACAAUAUCACCUCUUAAUCUCUAGUUUAUUAUGUAACAAGGUAGAUAAAGAUAUGUCCACAGAACUGGUCAAUCUGUGCAAAGAUUCCAGAGAAGACAAUGCUACCAUUGAUAGCUGUCAGGAAUAGCUUAAAUACUGUUUUGCCAAGUUGAUGGGCACUGUACUCCCAGCAAUACAUAUGUUUCUCAGUGAUGAAACAUGGGAAGCAAAUUAGUGGCAAUGAGCAUGAAAAUAUUAUCAAGAGCUGUAAAUAACUUUAUUGUAACUAUUCUGAGAAAUCAGGAAGAGAAUGCAGAAUGUAUUUAUAUUUAAUGGCAUUUUAUUACAUAUACAGAAUGUAUAAUAUCCCUAGAGACCUGAUAACACCAUACUGAAGACUGUAGCAUGGUUGAAGCAUAAUGAGACUAAUAUUCUUAAGAUCAAUAGAAAUAUAUAACUUGAGAGGAAAUAUUAUUUACAUACCACUGUAUAACAAGAGGAAAGCCUCGGCAACAGUACUUGACCGUAACACAACUACUGUAGAAGUUCGCUAAUCUGGACUAUAUGGGAAGGACCCCAUCCGGGUGAGCCCCCUCAUCCAGAUCAAAGGAUGUUUCAUCAGGGAAGUCCAAAAGUGAACAUUUCCAAACAAUUUUGUACCACAAUCAAUAUAAUUUGGAUUUCCACACAUUAUAAUUAGUGUGUGGGGCUGGGUGGGUUGUUAGCUGCCUGGCUGAUAGGUGGGUGGGUGGAUAGCAGGCAAAUGGGUUUGGUAGUUAGAAGGUGAGUGAACAGGUGGGUGGGUGGGCAAGCAGGCAGGUGGGUUGGUAGACAGGCAGGUUGGUGGGUAGGCAAGCAGGUGGGUGAAAAGGUGGGCUAGUUCGUAACUAGCUCUCCACGGCAAAAAGACGAAAUAUAUAAUUCAACAACUGCACCACCUCCGACCCUCCCACCCUUCUGAGAAUCUACCCUCCCUGACCGCCACCCUCCCCCCCUUGCUAGGGUUAAUGCGAGACUCGCAUCUGGUACACACUUCUCCACACACACCA